AGUGGGCAACAUUGCUCGCUCCUAGUCGUUGGCCAAGCGCAGCAAACGGAGAUGCAAAGAAUUCGCAAUCAGAUAAAUUAAUACGUCAUCUACCAUUAUAGUGUGAUAUUUUAUCAUACAAUUAGUUCGGCUACAGUUGUAACAAACAAAAACACAGCAGAAUGCCGGCCGCGCGGGGCGUUAAACGCACAGCGUCGAAAACCAACUCUGCCACGUCAGCCAGCGUCCCGAAGAAUAAGAAGAAACGCGCAGCGUUCCAGCUUGAAAUACCGAGCGCGCCCAAGAAGAGGGGUUCCGUGUUCACAUGCGGCCAGGGUGAUGUAGGCCAAUUGGGUCUUGGAGAAGAUGUUAUCGAGACCACUAAAUUCAAGUAUGUGUCUGGUCUUGGAGAUAAAAUUGUGGAUGUAUGUGCCGGUGGCAUGCACACCAUUGCUCUGGACUCAGAUGGAAAGGUGUGGACCUUUGGCUGCAACGACGAAGGUGCCCUCGGGCGCCCUACGUCCGGGGACGCCGAGGAGGGCGCCGCGGCCGCCGUGCCGCUGCCCGCGCGCGCCGUGGCCGUGGCCGCCGGCGACUCCCACUCCGCCGCGCUGCUGGAGGAUGGGCAGGUGUACGCUUGGGGAGCCUUUAGGGACUCUCACGGCAGCAUGGGACUGGUGGUGCGCGGCCGCGAGGGCAAGGCGUGCCGCGAGCCGGUCCGUAUUGACAUCGGCGAGCCCGCCGCCGACGUGGCCUCCGGCGGAGACCAUCUCGUCAUCCUGUCUACGACGGGUGGCGUCUACACGAUGGGUUGCGGCGAGCAGGGUCAGCUAGGGCGCCUCGCUCAACGCUCCGCCUCCAGGGACUCGAGGCAGGGAUUCAGUGCCCUGCUGGCGCCGGCGAAGGUGACCCUGAAGUGGGCGGCGUCGCGCGUGUGGGCCGGCUACCACGCCACCUUCGCGCUCGACGCCGCCGCCGACAAGAUGUUCGCCUGGGGGCUCAACAACUACGGCCAGCUCGGUAUAACAGGAGAAAAACGCAAGACAGCAUUAUACGCGCCAACAGAAUGCGACGCCUUCACUCAGGGCAGCGGUUGGCAGAGAGUCGCCUGCGGACAACACCACUCGCUCGCUUUAGAUUCUAAGGGACAAGUGUUCGCUGUUGGUCGGUGCGAAUAUGGACGGUUAGGCCUCGGCGACAGGGAGGGCGACGCGGAGACCCUCGAGCCGGUGCCGGCGCUCGUCGGUAAGAAGUGCGUCAGCAUCGCCGCGGGGACCUGCAACAGUUUCGCCGUCACCGACACAGGUGAGAUCCUGGGCUGGGGCAUGGGCAGCGAGGGCCAGCUCGGGACGGGCGCGGCCGCGGACGCCGCGGUGCCCACGGCCGCCGUCGCUGCGGCCUUCCAGGCGCGCCGCCCGGGGAAGGUCGCCGCCGGCGCGCAGCACACUGCAAUACUCGCGCUAGACACGUCACCGGUCAAAGAAAAGUCCCCGACGCCAGAAAUGGAGACGGAAGAGCAGCCAGUAGAAGCGAAGGAGACGAAAGGAAAGGAGAAGCCGAAGGGCAGACAGAACAAGAAGCAGAAGAGGGGAGAGCAAGAGGAUGAGGUGUCUUCCACGUCGAGCGCGCAGCCCGAGGUGCCGGAGGAGACCAAACCGCAGAAGGUAAAUGGCGAUGAGAAGAAGGAAACUCCUAUGGAAGUAGACGAAUCUGACAACUCACAAGACAAAAAAGAAGACACGCAACCGGACACGGAAGCUGUCGAGCCACCAAAAACGGAAAAAACAGAAGCGGCACCCACAGAGAAAGCCUCAGAACCAACACCGGAACCAGCACCAGAGAAACCUGAAGCAACCAAACCAGAGCUCUCCGACAAGACCGAAGUCAGCCAAGACUCCCAAGAGACAGACAAACCGACAGACGUUGAGAUGAAAGAUGAAAAAGUUAACGGGGCACCGGAAGAAGAGAAAACGGAGGUGGAAGCCAAGAAAGUGGAGGCGAUACCAAACGACACAGUUGUGGCCACUACGGCGUGAUGCUAGAGUUUAGUUGUGUGCUUGUGACGAGAUUAUUGCAUAGACUGUGGAAAGCUGUAGAGUUAGACCAAACUAUAGCAGUGUUGCCAACUUGGCAUAAAUCAUGCCAGAUCUGGCAUAUUUUCACUCACUUUGGCACCAAAAUUUUCCAUUUAGCAUCUGGCAUAUUUUUUUAGCAUAAUUUAGUCUAAGUCAAGUUUGCACCAACUUCAUUGGUUCAUAAUUUCAUAUGAAUUUUGACUUUUGUGGACGGAUGGACGUCGAUGGACUAUAUAAAGUUGGUCAAGCAGAUCUUGUCAAUAGAAAAAGGCGGCAAAUUUGAAAAA